AUGGACUUGCUUAAAGAGAAGGUGUUCAAGAAGUUGAACAAGAACAAGACCAAGGCAGAAAUCAGGAUACUGCCAAGAGAUGAGGUAGAGUAUUUCUACAUGGAUAAACACGAUAAGAUGAACUAUACGAGAAGUAGACUCUCUCAAAUGGAAUGUGAUUUCUUGGAUGUAGCAGGAAUCAAUGAAUUUGUCUACGAUUUCAGUGAUAGAAUGAAUGAGAGUGAAUUUAUUACAUUUGGUUGUAUCACAUCUGCAACUGGUGGAACCUUAGAGAAAAAUGAUAUUCAUUUUCAGACAGCUCGGGACAUGAACACGCUCUAUAAACUAGAUCUGAGCAUAUUGCCAGAAUAUAGUGUAUUUAAUGGACAGAUGGCAGCCAUAAGAUGCAAAAUGACGGAACCUGACACAUUCAGUGUCAGCAAGUUGAUGAUUCUGCCUAUUUUUGAGAAAUUCGAGGAGUCCAAGGGUGACCUCGAUUUGGUCGUAGCAAAGGGCCCAUUUUCAGAAGAAUUCAUUGAGAAAUUGGUUGAUUUGAAUACGCAGAUUGUUGUGCUACUUGGACCAUUAUCACGCGAAUUCAGGCCAUUUCAGGAGUUCACUGAGAUGCUCACAGAGAAAUUGCGUAAGAACAUGCACACGAGGAUGCUACUGGUGCCAUCAGCUGAAGACAUGGAAUUCGUACCAACAUUCCCACAGUAUUCCAUGGAAACAGGAAGUGACAGAGUCCUCUGCCUGACAAAUCCAGCUGAAGUGGUCGUAAAUGGCCACUUGCUUGCAUUGAACAACUUUGAUGCCCUGUUUGACCUCUCAACCAACGAAUGCUGCCAUAUUCCAUCAAAUCCGACUCAUGGCAUGUUCAAAGGAGACCGUCUCAAACGGCUUUGCUUUCAUCUGAUAUUUCAACACUCAUAUGCUCCAGUUAUGCCAUCUCAGUUUCCAAUUUGCUACUGUAGUGCUCUACAAAUGCCAGUCUGUCCUGAUCUAUACAUCACUUCGUCACAUUACGGUGCAUUUGAUAGGCCUGUUGGACCAUGCAAUGUCAUCAACACGGGUAAGGAGUCUUCCUCCUACUACACCGUUUUCUACGGCAGCAACACCUACGAAAUCAGGCAAAAUCGGAUACAAUUUGAUGCAGAAAAAUAA